UCGGCUGCGCGGGGCGGCUGGCGGGCGGCAUGGCGCGGGCGGCGCUGGGCCUCUUGCCGAUACUGUUGAGCUGCGCGCGGCCCCGGGGGCCCGGCCUGAGGUGGCUGUGGGGGCGCGGGGCCCGCCUGGAGGCCGCGGAGAGAAGGCGGGCCUGGGGUUGGGGCUGGCGGCGCUUGAGCUCCGAGCCAGGACCCAGGCCGGCGCACUACCAGCUCGUCUACACCUGCAAGGUCUGUGGGACCAGGUCCUCCAAGCACAUCUCCAAGCUCGCCUAUCACCAGGGUGUGGUCAUUGUGACCUGCCCCGGCUGCCAGAACCACCACAUCAUCGCCGACAACCUGGGCUGGUUCUCGGACCUGUACGGGAAGAGGAAUAUUGAAGAAAUCCUGGCGGCCAGAGGGGAGAAGAUGCCGGGACCUGGGGCUCUCCUGUCAUCCCUGGUUCUGGAGUCAGAAUGACUCACAAGAAGCCCCUGCAGGCUGCAGGCCAGGGCCUCCUGUGGCUGCUGGCCACGUCUGAGUGGGAAGGGGCUGGAUGUGGAGUCUGAGCCCCUCCUGGCUGUGGCUGUGUGGCCUUGGGCAGGUCACUUUGCCCCUCUGAGCCUUCGUCUUCCUGUCUGCAGAUGAAGAUGCCCACGGUGCCACCUCGUCAGGAGUAUAAGUGGAAAGAUGGGACUCAGGACGGGCACGGGGUGGCUCAGCCCUGCCACGCCCCCAAGUGUCAGGACCCCAAUUUUUUUUUGUUUUUUUUUUUGCUAUGCCACAUGGCAUGUGGGAUCUUAGUUCCCCAACCAGGGAUCAAAACCGUGACCCCUGCGCUGGAAGCGGGGAGUCUUGACCACUGACGGUCAGGGAAGUCCCAGGGCCCCGAUCUCGAUGGCCCAUUAGCCACUGUUCUUCCUGGGAGUGGGGUCAGCACCCCCAAGCCCCACCAGGGGUCCUGUCCCUCUGGCCAGACACAAGGAGGCCCCGUAGAUCCUUCUGUGCCGCCUGCCGUCUCCUCGACGCCCCCUGGAUGGCACUGGUGAGCCGGUGCCAACCUCAGCCCUGACCCUUGGCCACUGGCCAAGCCAAGUCAGCAGGCGGGGCUGCUCACCGUGGCUGCAGGCGGGCCAGGCGGAGUGGGAGCUGGGCUGCUGUGGGCCUGGCGGUGGGCCGCCUGCCCCACGGAGUGUCCCCCUCCCCGGGGCUGUGCAGUCUGUCUCCCAACCUCGUUUGCCCGCCUUCUCAGGAUGUUCCUGUGUUUAUGAAAGCAUGUUCGUUUCCAAAAGCGUUCUGGGCUGUGUGACCUUCAACAUUGAUCACCGGCCACGAUCUCGCAGGAUCCCCGCAGGAUCCGAGCUCCUGACGGCCGCCCCUGUCAGCACGGGCCUCGGCACUGCUCUCCAGGCGCCGGCAGCUCGUGCUCCGACUCGAAUACCCCCCGUGCUUCCUGUGGUGAACAACCCCGUUAUCCUGCCCAGAGCCUCCUGGGACAUUUGCGGAGUCAGUCAUGGCGGACGAGCCAGCCCCGGGCGUGCUCCUCCACGGAGGCCCCGAGGGACCCGCUGGCCUUGAAACGCCAGAGCAGCGGGGCCUCGUUGCCGCCACAGGGUUGGAACCGGGUGUGGGGCGGCCCAGGGAGCUGGCCGGACGCUGAGAACGCAGAGCGGGGACCCAGGAGGGCCACGCAGGCCACGCCCUCCUUCCAUGGGCGGUCUGGACAUGGCUGCUCGCCACAUCUUUUUAUUGUCUGCUUUCUGACGUUUUGACAUCUGGGCCCUCUGACCCUGGAGAGCUGGUCAGUUCCUGGACACGGCAGGGCGAGUGCACCAGGGCAGGUUCCGGACGGCUCGGGCAGCCCCUCCACCCAGAGCCACUGAAGACCUUCUCACCGGCCGAGCAGGCCUGCUGGCCCUGCCUCACUGUUUCUUCCCACAGAAACCACAGGAAAGGCUCCGGCCCAUCCUCCCCUGCCUCCUGACCAACCCUGGUGCCUCCCCGUGUGGCCCCCGCCCAGCCGCCGUCCAUCUCCAGUCCCUUCUCAAGGUGCCCCUGGCUCUUUCCACCCCCGCCCCAACCAUCUUCCAUCCCUCGUUCCUGGCCAGGACCCUCUCCAAAUGGUCAGAUUAGGGUAUCUGGGCCAACCUCCUGUGAUCCUGUGACAGCACAUCCCCAAGUGUAGUCUUCUGAGGACAGCUUGAUGGGCAAUGCCGGGUUCCAGGACAUCAAACAAACUUCUUCCUGCAGGACUUCUCAGAGCCUUUAGCAUCCUGGCCUGGCUGUGAGCCGCUGAGAGGCACGGUGCCCCGCGAUAUUUCCCGGAGCACUGAGAACUCUCCGUGGUGGGGGGUUGGGGGCUCUACCCUUCCCCGUAUGGGCCUUGUUCUCAACCACCCUCCCUUUUCUUUACCUCACCCAAGAGAGGCUGCAGGAUGGCAGGCUCGGUAGGGAGGCCUGGGGUUCCUUGUGCCCCGCUGGGGGCUGCCCCACACUGCACUCCACGCCUUCCAGCAGCCUCGUCUCGGCACCAGAGCUCCUCUGGGAGGGGAACGUGGGGCUCAGGGCUGAGGCGUGGGCUUUGGAGGACACCUGGGCUCCUACGCCAGCACCCUCACCAGCUGUGUGUCCCUGGGAUUGCCGCUUCGCCCCUCUGAGCCCGAGCCCCGCCCCCCGAGCCCGUGGGCGGGGUGGGCGGGGGCAGGGCCAGCCUGGGGGGCAGGAGGGCGCUGCUCCGGCCCCAGGCCCUGGCUCGGUGCAGGCUUGCUCACCCAGGUGGAGGAGUCACUGGGCCUCUGAAAGCACCAGCACCUGUGCCGCCCUCAUCCUGACACGACAGCUUUCUCUUGGCAGACUUUAUUGUUUUCAGGAAAAACAGAACAAAUGUACCUCUUGGGUUGGAAAGGACCCCUUGACAACAUGGCAAACACACGUGUGAGCAAUAAAUACGCACGUACAUUGGGGUGUGUGGGGCGGCCAA